UUCCGGAGCCACCCAAACCGACCACUAGACACCAUGCCGACCUCCUCGCAUGUCGUCGGCAACGGCCUCCCCUCCGGAUCCGCAUCCUCCAUCAUAUCCGGGGUCGUGAGAGGCUACCACUUGCUGAAGAUCGUCGGCUACUCAGGCACCAAGGAGAUCCCCAAUGGCGAGGGGAUCGAAUCUUGCCUGUUCCGGGUGGGAGGCUGCACAUGGAAUGUACGUUACUAUCCCAACGGGUUAAGAUCUGAGUACAGUGAUUACAUAGGCCUUUGUCUCUUCUUGAAUGAUACAGUCGCCGGCGAGGUCGAGACUGUGAAGGAAAAAUUCAUGUUCGGCUUACUUGACCAACAUGGGAAGCCGGUGCCAUCAUAUACCGGUACUUCCGACACCAGGGAAUUUUCUGUGCAUAAAGGUCAUGGCGAGUUCCAUACGCAGGAGACGCCAUCUAUCCUGGUGCCACCUUCUGAUUUGCACCGGCACUUAGGGGUUCUUCUGUCGAGCAAGGCAGGCGUCAAUGUCAAAUUCCAAGUUGGUGGGGAGACAUUCUCGGCGCACCGAUUGGUGCUUGCGGCACGGUCUCCUGUCUUUAGAGCAGAGUUCUUUGGCCAGACGAGGGAGGGAACCACCACUGAGGCCAUACGCGUACAUGACAUGGAGGCACCAGUGUUCAGUGCUCUGCUUACUUUCAUGUACACGGAUGCAUUGCCGGAUAUGAAGCAAGAAGAAGAAUAUGCCUUGGCUCAGCAUCUGCUUGUUGCGGUAGACAAGUACAACCUGGAGAGGCUGAAGCUUAUUUGUGAAGAUAAGCUGUGCAAUCGUAUCGAUACGAGCUCCGUGGUGACUAUCUUGGCAUUGGCCGAGCAGCAUCAGUGCCAUGAGCUUAAGGCAGCAUGCUUGGUGUUCCUCAGCUCGCCGACGAAUCUGGGUGCGGCCAUGGAGUCUGAAGGUUUCGAGUUUUUAACCAAGAGCUGCUCUGGUGUUAUUAAGGAUCUCCUCAAGUCCCAGGUUGCUGCUAGUAUACUUUGGAAAAGAAAAUCUAGGGCAUGAACAUGAGGUUACAGUCCUGCAUAUCGUCAUUUGCAAUCAUCCGUCCAGAAACUGACUACAGACCCUGCAGGCUAUCUUAUACGCAUUAGUGCUUUUGAUGUGUAGUCUUGAUCUCACAAGGAUGUGAUGUAUGGUGGUUCGACAAGCUAUGCGCGAAGCAAAACCGUAUGUGCUAAUUAGUGAACAUUUAGUUCAGAACUUGUAAGCCUUUCAAUUAGUUGCCCUGUACAUUGUGCCGCUGUGAGCAUUGCGCUGCUUCCUGAGUUCAUGCACCCCUUGUUCAGUAUAGGGCACUUCUUAUUUAGCAGGUUCAGAUAGACCAUGACUUGUUGAAAUGCUGGG